AUGAAGUUCUCCCUCGCCGUGCUCGCGCUCGUUCCCCUUGUUGCUGCCCACUUCACUCUCGACUACCCUGCCACCCGUGGCUUUGACGAGGACCUCGAGCCCCGUGCGUACAAUCCAAACGUCGAUUACUGCUCCUCAACUUGCUCAUGCUAAACUCGACUUGUCUGUGCACCUCGGUGACCCGCCCCUCCAGGCUUUUGCGGUGGAUUACCUAACCCGUCGAGCGAACGCGCGCCGUUCCCCCUUUCAGGCCCCGGGUCGAUCUUGAUUGACUCGCACCACCCGAGCGCUCAAGUCGCCAUCAUCGCCGCCGUCGGCUACACCAACGUCACCUCGUUUGCGGAUUUCAACAAGACCGCUUCGGGUCAGGCGACGACGGGUAUGCUCAUGCCUUUUGGAACAAUCCAGGGACAAGGAGAGGUGAGUUAUUCUAAAAAAAUGCCUAAGGAGGGCAGAAAAAAGCGUGGUGUGCCGAGUGACGGAGAUAGUACCCCCCCUUUUGGCGCGCCGGUCCAACAGUCCCUACUCGGCUGCGUCCCCACGCUCGGAAACUGAUCCACCCAAUCUCAUUCCUCACACAGUGGUGCUUCAACGUCGACUUUUCUACCCUCGGUGCUACCAACAUCACCGACGGAACCCCUGCCACCAUCCAGUACGUCCCUCCUCGAACGUACCCAUCUCUCCAAAAAAGUUUUCUCAGUGAAGCUGAUCCCUCUGCAAAACACCCCUCCACCCACCAGAGUCGAAUAUAACGGCGGCGACGGCCUCCUUCUGCAAUGCGCUGACGUGAUCCUCGUUAACAACUACGUCGCUCCUUCCAACCUCACAUGCCGCAACGCCACUUCCGCUUCAACCAGCACCUCCAACGCCUCGACGACGACGACGGCGACGACGACCGCAUCGGACACGAACAAUACACCUGCCGCUACGACGACGGGGGCCAAGAGUGCGGCUGGAAAGCACGUGGUUGGAGGUUUGGUAGGGUCACUUUCGAUCGUGGCUUUGGCGCUGCUCGUUUGA